AUGCCAGACGUUGAACCUCUCAGAUUCCCAUCAAGAGAAGGCAGGCCCAGCCAACAAGAUCAAGCAGAUCUUCAGGGUGUCUGCUCUGGUAGACGUCGCACUUGUGCUUUGCUUAACAGCCCCUUACCAUGUGUCAACAGUGCUAUUUACCAUAUCCAAGAGCUGAGGAUGGAAGUGGAUAAUUGGUUUCAACAGUCUGGAAAAUAUCCUCAUCAGAUUGACCUCGAGAAGCACAGAUACGCCCAAAACUUACGAUUUAAGUCUAGAGACUCAGACAGUGAAUCAGUUACGUCUACAGACUUAGCUAUUGAAGGCAUUGGCAUUGGUGCAAGAGAAAGUUCUUCAUUAUCGCCACUACUGAAGAAAAUAAAUGAUGUCCUUGGAGAGGUUGUGUAUCUGAUUGAGCGGCUGGAGGCCGAUCGCCAGUAUGCAGAGGAAACUCUACUCAAAGAGAAGAGAAGAAAGAAAUUUCUGGAAAACAAAAUUGACAGUAUUUAUCUGUGGAAGCAUCAAGAGCAUUCACUUGUUGUCCAGAAAGAACAUGAAGCCUGCAGUAGAGACAUUGCUGAACUGAAGUGGCAGCUGAAACAAGAAAGAGAAAAACUUGAACAAGUCCAGGACAAAUUGUCACAGACAGAGGUGGUGAACCAGCACUUGCAGGAGGACAUCAACAUUGCCAGAAAGCAAAUUCCCAUCAUAAAAGAUAAACUGGACUUCCAGAACAGCAUAAUACAUCAGAUCAAUUCUGCACAAGAAGAGGCUGAUAAAUUAUACUCAAAGGCAUUGGCUGAUCUUCAGUUAGCAGAGGAGGAGUUAAAAAAGAUGGAGUUGGAUACCAAAAAUGAAAAGGAAUCACUGGAAAAUGACCUGUUGGGUAUGAAAAAUCAGCUGGCUAAGAAAAUAGAAGAUUUAGACCAGUUGAGGGUGGUUGAAAAAAGUGUAUGCGCUGAAAUAAAAGAAGCUGAGGAAUCAGUUGCUCUGUCAGAAGAGAAGUGUGCAGCCAUGAUAAACCGUAUUUCUGAAAUGACGGAGUUACAGAAAACUGAAAAAGACAAGAUUUUACAACUACAAAGUCAAAUCGAGGUUGAAAUGCAGAAGAAUAAGAAAUUAAAAGCGAAAAUACUUCCACUACAAGAAGAAAUUGAGAAAACUAAACUGAAAGGGGAAGCAGAGGUUUCCUGCACUGAAGAGCUGCUGCAUUCAGCACGUAAUGCUUAUGCAGCUCUCCGUAAAGAAAAUAUGGAGUACGAACAGAAGGUAGAAGACUAUAAGACAAAAAUUUCUGAAAGUGUGAAAGCAGUGAAGCAGAUGCGUGAGGAAAGGAAGCAGAUGCUCCAGAAAAUCAGUGACAAUGACGAGCAGUGGGAAAGGGCCAAGGAGGAAAUGACCCUAGUAGUAGCGCAGCACAGUGCCACCCAGGCUAAACUGGAAGAGCAGGAACAGCUCACCUUCAUGGAAGAACAAAAGGCCAGGAAAGUCAUUGAAAACCUGAGGAAAGACUUGACGGGUCAGGUGACUGCACUAGAACAACUAAAGAGUGAGUGUCAAAACCUCAAGGAAGAAAUUUAUCAACAUCAAAAAAGCUCAGAGGAAACCAACCAAAACCUUCAGAAGGAACAUGAAGAUGCAUUCUCAAUGAUGAAAACUCUGGAAACAAAACUCAAAAAAACUAAAGAAUUGACAGAAAAAUUGGAAAAGAUACAGCGCGAACACAGGGAAACUUCUGACAACCUUGAAAGUGAGAAAAAAGUCAAAUAUAACCAGUUAAAAGCUGUCAAGGAUUUACACACCACUACGACAAAGAGAUAUGACGACACUGUUGCCAGGAUCAGUGAACUUACCAAGAAGUGUGAAGAAUACCAAGAUGCUUCUGAUAAAAUGGAAAAAACAGCUAAAACCCUAUUUGAAGAAGUAGCUGAACUUGAAAGUGUGUUUGGUGUGGUGGAAUUCAAAAACAAAUCAGCUGCUCUCAUAAUGAGCACCUUGCAGUCUGAUAUUAAUAACAGCCUACGACGAACACAGCGAUCCAUGCAGGUGCACACUGCUCAUGUUACAGCAAGAAAAAAGGAAAUGGAAGACACAAAGGAAGCGUUAAAUAAUGCGCUAAAGGAGAACAAACAGCUGGCCUGCAUGUACAAACACCUUAAGAUCAUCCUCAUAGAGGCCAAACAAGACGCCGCAUCUGCGUUGAGCAAGAAAAACUGCUCUCAUGAGUCUUUUCAUUAUUUCACACAGCUCUCUUUGUUGCAGAAGAGGAUGCACAAAGCUUUGGUGAAAUACUUCGAACAACGCAGCCUCUACAGCCAGGCUGAACUGGAUCGGUGCCAGGCUCUUUCUCAAGAGACAGACCAGAAAAUAAAAACAGCCCAGGAGGGGUUGUCAGAAGAAAUUCACCUCAUCUCUGCUUUCUUGCAAUCCUUGACAGAUGACUCUACUUCCACUGAUGAUGCCGGGGUGAACAAACAAGCCAGUCCAGAUGCUGCUGGAUCAAAUGAGUAGAUGCCUUCAGUUCAAAUCGCAGUGUAAUUGGACAUUCACCUGUACCAGACAACUUACUUACCCUAGCACGCUUCACUAUUCCCCCUCUUUACUUGCAGCAAAUCCAUAACAAUGAAACAGGUGACUUUCAUGCUGCUGUCAGGACUGAUCUAAUUUUAGCUGGGUGAAUGAUUGCAAUUGGCUUUGCCUCAUCAGAUAAUUAAUCUAUGUCACCAUUAAUUGGAAAAGAGAAUAAUUACAGGCAGUGUUGACAGAAAUUCUACGCUUCUCCAGAUUCCAAGAUCUAAUUACAACUAGUGAAACCCUGUGUGACCUUAACUAGCACUUAGUACACCUUUGCCACCUUGACCAUGCCCAUGUGUGAGACCACUGUCUCUUCAAAGACCCUGUUUUUAUAAUCAGACCCGCAUUCCUUCCUCUCCUCACUCUCUGAGAGCUGUCUCCCUCAAUCACUUUUCAAUAUUCAAUCUUAAUUUUGUGGAAGUUUAGCAUUUUCA